AAUUAAGAGUUUAACUAUAGGGGUGAUUUUUUCUUAUUUGAAAGAAGAAAAGAAAAAAACUUUCUGCAAAAACCUAGGCUUGAAAUCCAGAGGAAGCGCACAAAUCCAAAAAGAAGGUUAAACCACCGACCCAGUUCUAAUGGAAGUAAUCAAUUAUUGCAUCCUCCUUUUAUAUAGCCUCUCAUCCAGAAGGGAACUUAAAAAGAUUGUUGCUUUCAUGGAAUUUCCGAACUUACGUCUAUCAAAACGAUUGCAUGAGAUUGAAGCAAAACCCACUUAAAACUCGAAAUAGGGCUCGCGGAUUAGCGGCAAAAUCAACUUCAAUCAGCGCCACCAAACAAAGGGUUCUUCAGGAAGUGGAGAACAUCAAAUGGGUAAUUCUUAUAAUUGCUUUAUAGAUAAGUCACUGACAAAAAGAGAUAUGGUAAUGGUCUAAUGGGUAGGUUGCGUCCAUUGUUACCAAACUUUGAGUGGAUGUGGAGCUUAGAAUUUACUCAUAAUGUCAUUAUCUCAAGCAAAAAGGACGGGGGAAGGUGUACACUGCAUAUGUAUUGGAGUCAUUUCUUCUCAUGUAGUAUGAAAACAAAGAACGUAGAGAAGGCUGUUUGUUCUUGUGAGGAUGGCAUGCUUUCAAAGAGCUUCACCAGCUUUGAAGGAGAUCCUCCUUAAACUGUACAGUUUGGAAAAACCCACUGAAAUUGAGCAUCACUUGCAUGAAUAUGGUUCUGUUCAGUACCAUAUCCAGUCUUCCGUACCGGAUCCGCAGCACAUUUACUUGUCAAUUGCCACUCCAUUGUUGUCGCAAGGGGUUCUUUUAUCUGAUGGGCUCUCACCCUACACUGUUGAGAUGGUAAAACAAAUCUUCUCUCAUGCUGUUGAGAUCAUUGAACCUGCAAAAGAAGGAUACGAACUUACUCUAAGAAUCGACUCUGCAAAAAUUUUGCAUGGGGAAGAGUCAGAAAAGAUCAUUACAGACAUUGCUGCUGUUCAAGCAGUGAUCAUAAGUUCUCAGCUGAAAGAAGUAUUGAGAAAUGUUAAUUCACCGACUCUAUUUCAAGGAAUCUCUAGACCCAUCAAACUUGUAUAUCAUCCAAGGGAACCAUUCUUUGUCGUCAAGCAGCCUCAAAAGAUCCUCAUAAUCUACCCAAUUCGUUUCAAGGAAGAUACAGAUGUGAUCAUUGCAACAGCUUUCUUUCGGGAACUUAUGGAUGUGGGAAGCUCUGAAAAAUGGUCAGAAGCGCCUCCCUGCGGUUGGUCACCCAUACCCCCUCCAGAACUGAGAGGCGAACCUUUAGAAGAAUUGAGCACCAAUGGAGGAUUUGUCACCUUUGAUAUUUCUCUGCACCAUGUCGAAGGGAAAAGACUUGACAAUACAGUGUGGAGUUUGCUGAACUUUAAUGCAUAUGUUAAGUACCAUGUAAAGACAACCAGAGGUUUUAUCCAGAGAAGGAUGAGGAAGCGGUUAGAAGGGCUUGUUGAGAUCCUACAUCAGAAAUCUUCAGAUGUUGCUGUACUCAACAAGGGUCAAGGCAUUAAGUAUAUGAAGAAAUUGGUAGCUAGUACUAAACACAUCAAACAGAAAUGCCGUAGUUUGAGUAGGAAGAUCAAGAGAAUCAGGUUUCGAAUUAAAAUCCCCGGAUUUGCACGGUUUCGCCAAAGAUGGCUGAAGUUCCCAAAGUUUUCUUCUUCAAUUCAAUACACCAGAUUAAAAUGCAGUGAUUGAAUUUAAAAUAUUGCAACAAGAUGAAAUAUUUAAAUCUCAAGGACAUCAAUAGAAUAACUUUGGAAAUAAGGUAUAUUGUUGCUGAAUACGAGAAAUACAGAUUAUGGGAGAGGAGUUCUUUUACCAUGACCACAAGAUUAGUACUUUUAUUUCUACUUGCAAGGUGGCUUAGAGCUUAGCAUCCAUUAGAACAAAAAAAGAAGUUCCACUUAAUUGUUGCCAUUGUCAAUUAUCAAUUAUCAUGAAGAGCCUAUGUUUAAGAUUGCUAUUACUCAUAAUUUGAUUGUAAUUUUCAUUUAUGUGUUGAGUUGUUAAGUCAGUUCCAAAAUUUAUUGUUUCAGAUCAA